GUCAAAGUUGAACAGUUCGCCACUUAAAAUGGCGGAUGAACCAACACGGGAGUGGAGCGAUGAGCAGCUCAAAAAUGACGAUUUCCCCAAAAAAGACAUCAUAAAGUUCAUUCAGGACAAUGCAGCACAUUCGUUCCUCAAUGAACACAAGCUGCUGGGAAACAUCAAAAAUGUUGCCAAAACAGCGAAGAAAGAGCAACUGAUCAUCGCCUACAAUCAGCUGUUUGAGUGCAAAAAAUUCAAAGGCACCGAGGUUGAAGUUGUUACUGAGCAGAUGAAAGCUGUGAAAGUGGAAGAGAAAACCAAAGAGGCCAAGACAGAAGUUGUAGAUGAGGGUCCACCCAAGUACAAAAAGGCAGUGCUGAAGAAAGGUGACAAAGAAAACUUUCCAAAGAAAGGAGAGGUUGUGGGCUGCUGGUACACGGGCUCCUUGGAGGAUGGAACCGUCUUCGACACAAAUAUUCCCACAACUGCAAGAAAGAAGAAGCAAACGAAGCCACUUACCUUUAAAGUUGGCUUGGGCAGAGUCAUCAGAGGAUGGGACGAGGCCCUUCUAACAAUGAGUAAGGGUGAAACCGCUCGGCUGGAGAUUGAGCCAGAGUGGGCCUACGGAAGAAAGGGUCUCCCUGAUUCCAAGAUCCCUCCCAAUGCGAAGCUGAUCUUUGAGGUGGAGCUGGUGUCGGUGGAUUAACUGAGGAGAUUUUUUGGCCCGCAUGCACUACAUUUCCCAGGACAGGGAAUUAAAUACCUGCUGGUGUAGUGGUUAAAUUUAAAAUGAUUGGAUUGCACCGUUCUGUUUCUGCUUUGUCUCGAUUCAAGGAACGGCCAGCGUUUUAAGUUUUGGCUUGUCAAUAAUGUAAAUAUGAGACACCCUGAAACCUUAAUGUCUGUAUUGUUUUGUUCUUUUGCAUGUAUGAUGUAAAUGAGAAAUAAACCCGUUUCAGAGACGA